AAAGUGGGGCGUGCAAUAUUAUUCGGCCCCCUUGCGCUAAUACCUUGUAGCGCCACCUUUUGCUGCAAUUACAGCUGCAAGUCGCUUGGGGUAUGUCUCUAUAAGUUUUGCACAUCGAGAGACUGGAAUUCUUGCCCAUUCUUCCUUGCAAAACAGCUCGAGCUCAGUGAGGUUGGAUGGAGAGCGUUUGUGAACAGCAAUCUUCAGCUCUUUCCACAGACUCUCGAUUGGAUUCAGGUCUGGACUUUGACUUGGCCAUUCUAACACCUGGAUACGUCUAUUUGUGAACCUUUCCAUUGUAGAUUUGGCUUUAUGUUUUGGAUCAUUGUCCUGUUGGAAGAUAAAUCUCCGUCCCAGUCUCAGGUCUUUUGCGGACUCCAACAGUUUUUCUUCCAGAAUGGUGCUGUAUUUGGCUCCAUCCAUCUUCCCAUCAAUUCUGAUACUCCUUCCAUUUCAAUAUAAUUGCUUGCACAGUGCUCCUUGAGAUGUUUAAAGCUUGGGAAAUCUUUUUGUAUCCAAAUCCGGCUUUAAACUUCUCCACAACAGUAUCUCGGACCUGCCUGGUGUGUUCCUUUGUCUUCAUGGACAUUCUCUGCGCUUUAAACAGAACCCUGAGACUGUCAAAGAGCAGGUGCAUUUAUACGGAGACUUGAUUACACACAGGAGCAUUCUAUUUAUCAUCAUCAGUCAUUUAGGACAACAUUGGAUCAUUCAAAGCUCCUCACUGAACUUCUGGAGUGAGUUUGCUGCACUGAAAGUAAAGGGGCCGAAUAAUAUUGCACGCCCCACUUUUCCGUUUUUUAUUUGUUAAAAAAGUUUAAAUUAUCCAAUAAAUUUCGUUCCACUUCUCGAUUGUGUCCCACUUGUUGUUGAUUGUUGAAACAUUAUAUCUUUGUGUUUGAAGCCUGAAAUGUGGCGAAAUGUUGAAAUGUUCAAGGGGGAUGAAUACUUUCGCAAGGCCGUGUGUUAAUAUAUUGGAUAUAUUGUAUUGAAAUGUAUGUAAUGUUAUAGGAACCUGCUGUAAAACAGUUCUUGAACUGUCAGGCCAGUCCAUGAAACUUUGAUGUUACAUGUCAACCUUUCCUUUAAAUAAACUGAGGAGAAAGUCAUUCUAAUCUGUUGUAAAUAUAAAAAGUUCACAUCAUCAAGUGAGUGAGUUUUGUCAUCUUUUGGGGCAAUUUAAUUUUAUUAUAUCUUUUUGGAUUCGCCAAUGAGCCACCUUAUUCAUUAGCUACAAUCAAUGUCUUAAGAAUUCCAUGACCUAGAAUAAAAACUGUAUUUUGCUUAAGCCCCCAGAUAUGUCAUUAUUUCUGCUAAAAAAAAAAAAUGCUUUAGCCAUUAGAUUGCUUUAAAAAAUGUAAAUUCAUCAUGAUUCAACCUACUUUGUUAAAUAUGGUGCUAACUGAAUUCCUGUUUGUGCAGCAAUAAUUGUUUCUUUUAUGAGCACAGACUUCCUGUGCACUGAUUUCUACUGUGUUAAUUAUAAGCCAGAUUUAUUUUAAAUCCUUCCUAGUGACCACCAUUUAACCCUUGUGCUCCAUAAAAAUCAUUUAAAACAUAUAUCAGUAAGCGCUCACAUUAUUGUUGACUCAUACCUCUCCCCCUCUAUAUUUUUGCAUAAUAUUGCUAAUAAGUGCUGAUCUGAGUCCAGCUUCUGACUGGAGGAAGUUGGCCUGGUUGCUUCCUCGAUUGUGUAAGGCAAGCGUCUCUGUCACGGGUGACAUAGGCCAGAUCCACCUGAGACGAGCGCCAUGUGCAUCCGCCACAUGUACCAGCACAGUCGAGCUGCCGAGAGUUGGCCGUGUUGUUUUAAGUCACUUAUUUAAAGCUUGCACUUGUUUUAAUUGGCCCCCUUUUUCACUGAUUGCUUUGGAGAAAGCAAACAUGUAGAUUAUUGGUGUCAUGUGCACCCAAACCCGAAUCUGCUUACUGUGCAGAGCUGGGAAGGGGGUGGGGGGUAUGUUGGGAUCAUUGCACAAUGAAGGCAGGUGGUCUACGCUCUUAAAUCCUCUUAAACCUUGACCUCCUCUUUGGCCAAACUACCGGAAUGAACUCUGUAAUGUUUUCCAGCAUCAAUGUCGACAUUGUCUAUGCUUAACUGUGUUUGAUUUUUUUUUAUUCAUCUGCAUAAAAAAUGACUUUGCAACUAUAAAUUAAAAAAACUUCCAGCUUGCCAAAAUCAGGCUUUGUGAUUGGUUGUAAAGCUUUUUUUAAAAAAAUAGAUGGCGUAUUUUCCCACCCAAAUUACGUAAGUGAUGAUGCUCUUUUUUCAUUUGCUGCUGUCCCUGAGAUUAUUGGCCUCCUAAACCCCCCUCCUCGUUCUCUCUGUGGUUAAAUAGCAAGCGCGCUGGUUCUCAGGGUUACACAUCCUGCUUUACAUCGAGGGGGGCUGACAGAUAAUCCACUUGCAACGGCUGAAUUAAUACAGUUGAGGUGGAAAAAGCCAAGCUGCAUUUUGAAAUGUAUUCCAACAGGAUUGAUGGACCUCGAAGGGGGAGAUCAUUCGACUCAAUGAAUAAAGCCUAUGAAGAAAAACUACUCAACAAUGAGAUUAACAAAUCAACCUUCACAAAAAUAGAAGAAAACACUGAGAAGAAUACACUGGAGAAAGGCAGAGCAACAAUUAUCUUUUCUCUUAAGAAUGAAGUGGGAGGACUUGUAAAGGCACUCAAACUCUUCCAGGAAAAUCACGUCAACCUAGUGCACAUCGAGUCCAGGAAAUCGAAAAGGCGCAACUCCGAGUUUGAAAUCUUUGUGGACUGUGACAGCAACCACGAACAACUCAACGAAAUCAUCCAGCUGUUGCGGAAGCAUGUGAGCGUGGUGGACAUGGAGCCUCCAGAUAAUUCCUGUCUACCGGAGGAAGAUAUGCAGAAUGUACCGUGGUUCCCAAAGCAAAUAUCCGACUUGGACAAGUGUGCCAAUCGUGUCCUGAUGUACGGUUCUGAUUUGGAUGCUGAUCAUCCGGGUUUCAAGGACAAUGUCUACCGCAAAAGACGAAAGUAUUUUGCAGAUCUUGCAAUGGCCUACAAACACGGUGAGCUGAUUCCUCGCAUAGAGUUUACAGAGGAGGAAGUGAAAACAUGGGGUGUUGUGUAUAGAGAGCUCAACAAGUUGUACCCCAGCCACGCUUGUAGGGAAUACUUGAAAAACUUGCCACUGCUCUCCAAAUACUGUGAAUGUCGAGAAGACAAUAUUCCCCAACUGGAAGACGUUUCUCGCUUCCUCAGGGAACGCACCGGGUUUACCAUCAGGCCUGUGGCUGGUUACCUGUCCCCUCGUGACUUCCUGGCUGGUUUGGCUUUCCGUGUUUUCCAUUGCACCCAGUAUGUGCGACACAGCUCUGACCCCUUAUACACCCCUGAGCCGGACACGUGUCAUGAGCUGCUGGGUCACGUCCCCUUACUGGCGGAGCCCAGUUUUGCACAAUUUUCCCAGGAGAUCGGCCUGGCUUCAUUGGGAGCCUCGGACGACUCUAUUCAGAAACUGGCCACAUGUUAUUUUUUCACAGUGGAGUUUGGCCUAUGCAAACAGGAAGGACAGCUGAGAGCAUAUGGGGCUGGACUGCUUUCAUCCAUCAGUGAGCUCAAGCACGCCCUUUCUGGAAAAUCAAAGAUCAUGCCAUUCGACCCCAAAGUAACAUCCAAACAAGAAUGCAUCAUCACAACUUUUCAGGAUGUUUACUUUGUAUCAGACAGCUUUGAGGAGGCCAAAGUCAAGAUGAGGGAGUUUGCCAAGACCAUCAAGCGUCCCUUCACAGUACGGUACAACCCCUACACCCAAAGUGUGGAUGUGCUUAAAGACACUCCCAGCAUCAACAGUGUUGUGGAGGAACUCCGACAUGAGCUCGACAUUGUGGGUGACGCGCUGAACCGCCUCAACAAGCAACUCGGAGUCUGAAAUUUUAAAGGCCGCUUGCAGCCCUUUUGUGUCGUACCCCCCAAGCACUGCUGCUCUAGAUAUGCUGCUUGUGUAUCAACCUUUGUCAUUGAAUGUGCACUAAUUUUGACAAAAAUACCCUGUUGUCCCUCCUGCGUACAGAGACAGUCAUGCUAUGAUGUCAGUGAAUUGCACAAACCAAAAGAUUCAUUUAUUUGGCUUUUACUCUGCAUCCUGUCUGUAUGCUUUUGUACCAGAAAAUCCCCUCAAUUCAAGUCAACCCUGUUGGCUAACCUGCUGUUGUACAUGAUAUUGUGAUUUUUUUUUUGUUUUUUAUUGUUUUGUUUCAUUAUCCAAUCUUCCUCACACUUGUGAUUAAAUAUAAAAUGCACCUUUAUAUUUUUAUUGUCUAAGUAUCAUGCUUCUUUCUGUGUAAUGCUGAGUGAAAUUAUACGAGCAAUGUAAUGAAAGUAUUUUGGUGGUUUAUUCUGACAAGCCCAUGCACCCCUCUGUGUAAUGCUGAGUGAAAUUAUACGAGCAAUGUAAUGAAAGUAUUUUGGUGGUUUAUUCUGACAAGCCCAUGCACCCCUUCCAGUAAUAGGCCUACAUUUUUAAAUGCAGAUAUAGCUUCAGAGCUCUUCUGAAAUAACAAAAAAAAAACAUAUUUUUCUACAAAUCAAUGUAUAGACAUAAGAGUUAAUUAUGGUGUCUAAAAUGUCUUUUGCCUCAAUUUGGUAGAAAUCGUUAUAACUGCUUCUGUAGUAUGUAUAUGUGCAUAUUUCUAGUUUAUUGCAUGAAAUUAAAAUGUUUGAAUCAA